GAAAGCCCAAGACUGACACAGGUGUUUUGACAUUGGCAAACAUAGUACGAAGGGACGGAAAAACACAAAAUUCCUUGCUGAAUUUCACAUAGUUUGAAUAGCGAAUGAAGGGAAAACAGCUUAAGAAUGGCUACAACAAGAAUGCCUAGAUUCCAAGGUCUUUUGGUUUUGUUUGUUUGUUUAUUGGGACUGAUUCCAAUCGGAGCGCUCAAAGAUGGCAGCGUACCUACAACACAAAGUAAUCCUUCAAGCAAAGCAGAAGAUCUUGAAGUAACUACACAGCCGCCCCGCCAGGAGGAGAAAAUAUCUAACUCAGAAUCUGACGCAGUGGUAAAGAGUGAUGACGACGAACUACAACUAGUCAACGAUCUUUUUACCAACUACAGCAAAGAAGUGAGACCAGUAAAAGAAAAGGAAUCUGCAAUUGUUGUGAAAUUCGGAAUUGCCUACACACAGCUAGUGGAAUUGGAUGAGAAGAAUCAAGUUUUAGUGAGUAACGUGUGGAUCCGGCAGUCAUGGAACAAUCAUCUGCUGCGCUGGAAUUCGUCCCAUUACGGAGGCAUCAAGUCUAUUAACGUGGAUCCCAAGCUGGUAUGGCUACCUGACAUUAUACUCUAUAACAACGCCGACAGCGGUAUUACCAGCGGUUCUAUGGACAAAUUCAAAACCAAAGUGAUCCUGAACGCCGACGGAACAAACACGUGGUAUGCGCCAACCAUCCUGCGGAGUAGAUGUGCCAUUGAUAUCAAAUUCUUCCCAUUUGACGAUCAAAAAUGUGACCUUUUGUUUGGUUCAUGGACGUACGAUGGGCUGAGAGUAGAUCUUUGGAACAUGAGUAAUGGAGUAGAUCUCAAGGCGUACAUGCCCAGUGGAGAGUUCGAGAUGAUAGAAGCUCCAGUCAAAAGGAUUAUCAUCAAAUACAGCUGCUGCCCAGAGCCAUACCCCAACCUGGAAUUCACGCUACAUAUCCGUCGAAAGGUUCUCUUCUACUUCAACAAUCUUAUUGUACCAUGUUUCCUCAUCACCGCCUUUGCCCUGCUGACCUUUGUCCUGCCACCCAACACAGGAGAGCGAGUCACCCUUGUCAUCACGACACUCCUUGCCAUGACUGUAUUUAUGUUAAUGAUUGCCGAGAACACUCCGACGACGUCCGACGUGACGCCACUCAUCGGGAAAUUCUUUGUGGCUUCGAUGGUAGAGAUCGGGCUUGCGCUGAUCGCCACUUGUUUUGUACUGAAUAUUUAUGAAUCCACAGGGCCUCAAUCUGACGUUCCCCGAUGGCUCCAAGUCCUUCUUCUAGACUUCCUAGGACCCAUAUUGAGGGUUACCCGACCAAAAGAAAGAUCUGAGAAGAAGCUAUCUUCAAUGCCCAAUAACUAUACACACGGUUAUCUCCCGAUAUACCCCGACUCCAAUGGCAAACCACCCGAUGGUGACGUUAACGACCCCAAAGAUGUCAUCGUCAUGACAACUAAACCAGGAGACAAGUCUCUCAAUUCACGAGAUUUCAUUUCUUCGAUCAAUGACAAUAACGUGAAGUACCGAGGCAAUGGAAAUCCAACACACGAUCGACUCCUCGAGGGCAUAAAUAUUCUGGCGGACAGAGCAAGAGAAAAAGAGAAAAGCGAAGGAAUCCAAGAGGAAUGGGAAUCUGUUGCCAAGGUGAUCGACAGGCUCUUCCUGCUCCUAUUUUUAGCAACAGUUUCCAUAUCAACAGCCAUGAUAUUCUUACAGAGACCAAGUUACGCAACGAUGUAAUUUGAUAGAAAAGUGGAUAAAAAAUAUUGAAGACUGCAGCUUUGCUGUGGGAUGGGUGACCCAAAAGUAUCUUGGACAAUCUGUUGCCCUUUUAUGGAGUUAAGUUACCUAAGCUUUAACCAAUCAGAAACCGUUCCGUUGUUACAAUCUGAGCGGCGUGUGAUGUUAAACUCAAAAGUAGGACUCAGGAUUAUGAUCGAUCCCUGAAACACAUGACUUUUGUUUUUUUACAAAGACGAAGUCACAAAAAUAAGCUUUGUUUUAAGAGUAACCCAAUCAUAAGACUGCGCUAACAAAAUAAUAUCCCAAGUGGCCCUGAGCUCCUACAAAUGAACCUUGGAUGACGUCAAUGUAUCCAGUCACGUGGAUUUUAUUGCCAGCGUCCUUGACAUUUGAACAUGCGCAUAACUAGCACAUAGCACAUGGAAAUAAUUCAAAACGAUUUUGUAGAUAAAAGCUACUAUCCGCACAAGUCCCAUGGAAAUAUUUCUGACGAUAGAUAACACAAUAAACAGGGCAGUUGAGAGCAAAAACACAGCAACGGUCAUAAACCAAAAGAGGAAUGUAACUAAGGCAUUCAACUUCCAGCGAACUAUAUUUGCAAUACUCUUUGGUCACUACCUGUGAAGCUUACUGAAAUAGAAAGUACGUAUAAGUACUGCUACACAUGUAAUAAUGGCAAGCAGAUGCAUAUCCAGGAUGAUUAUUAACAUUAAGUAUUUAUGAGUAGAUAGCUUACAAAUGGACGACCAUGGUUACCUUGAGUUCAGCACACCCCAACUACUAAGUUAUUUGUAAGACGCAGAUCUAUUCAUUGAUACAAUAUUUAUAUACGAUUGAGCAAUUCAAAUUACUUUUAAAAUUCUUCAUGAAUUGCUACUGCAGAGAUGAUUCGAAGAGAGACUGAUAUUUUUUUCAGAAGCCCGUAUAGAGGCUUUGCACCAUCACGUGAUUGCAGCCAUGACAGGAGGCAGGAACGAUUGAAUCUGGUCUAAUUUGAUUUACACGAAAAAGAAUUCACUUUUUCAGGGGGGGAAAUGCUCUAAUGUUGUGCCUACUGUAAUGGCUGCCAUCACGUGCUGGUGCAAAGCCUCUAUAGUCGAAUAUCACUUCUCGAUAUUCGCUAGCACGCGGUUUUGCGUCCACACUGACACAGGUUAGUGGGAUCAUAUCAAUCACAGCGCAAACUCAGAAUCAUAGCGUUUUCAAUAUACAUAUAUAUCGGACGAUGAUCCUGUGCCGUGGACUGAAAAACUAACUCUUCCUUUGGAAGUUACGUGAUGGUGGCCAUGUUGACGGUAUUUAAGAAAAGGUUUCUUAUCAGCUUUCUUUGUUAAUACCACCAUCAUGGCCGCCAUGUCUUUGUCUUGACUCUCAGUCUUGGAGAUGAUUGCAAGCCAUCAAUAGUAUGGACAGAACUCUUUUAUAAGCAAUCUCGCUGGUUUUCUAUCACAAACUAUUUUCUCUCGAUUUAAUUGAACACCUCUAAACAGCUAAAAAAUGUAAACUAGUGCACAGUAUUUUUGACAAAUUCAAUUUACGGUAAUAUCGCUAAUCAAAGUAAGUUUCAAAGGUGGACACAAUGUCUAUAAACAUUACCAUUGUGGUGUUAAUGUGCCAACCAUUUUAACAAUAGGUUUUUUCAUUUUGCUUUAGGCCCCGUCCACACGUAUCCGGAAAUUUUUGUAUCCGCAAAUCAUUUUUUGCGGAUACGAAAAUGUUCGCGUCCACACGCACCGUAUUCGAAUCGUUUUCACACGUAUCCGUUUUCGUAAAAUUUCCGGAUACGGGCACAAAAAUUUGCGGACACGUGUGGAAGGGGCCUUAUUGGAUUGUUGGGAAUUUAUAUUUAUUUAACAAUCAAACGAAAACAAAUUUUGUCACCGUGAGACAACCUAUCCAUGGAAAAUGUUUGAACUUCAACCAGGCACUUCAACCGUUUCUUUCAUUUUAGAUUGCAUAUUUCAUUGACCUUAGUUUCUUAAGUGAUAUUUAUUUUCUGGACAGGAAAAAUGCUUGCGCAUAAUGAAACAAAAACAACUGAUAAAGCUUAGCUUGUCAACAACUAGUUUUCCCAACGAAAAAAUUGAAAAAAUAUAUAUUAAAGUGUAGAAUAAUUCUCUCUGGUAUAAAUAGAAUAUGAAUCAUCCCCUAAUAAAGUAUACUUUUUACAUCCUUCA